AUGGUGAAGCACAUUGUUCUUAUUUGUCCAACUCCAAUGGACAAAAGCCAGUUGGCUCGCAUUUCAGACCGUUUAAAUGGGAAAUAUGAAAUUGAUAUGAUGGAGCUUACUGAUCAAAGGACAGAAUACGACGUACUUCAAUUUAUCGAUCAAUUGGUUAUCAAAUUAAAAGGCAAAUCAUUCGAUGGGAUAUGCAGUGCAAGUGAUUAUCCUGGUAUUCUUAUUGCUGCUGCCUUAGUUCAUGAAUUGAAAAUACCCAUCGGAUAUAAUUUAUUAGGUACCUAUCGUUGUUCACAUAAAUAUUAUUCACGACUCAUACAAUCACAAUUAGUACCUGAAGCUUGUCCAAAUUUUUUUGCACUUAUCGAUGAAAGUUCUUCGGAAUUCACAUUUCCCUAUCCCAUAUUUGUCAAGCCAGUUAAGUCAUGUUUGUCACAGAAUGCACACCGUAUUAAUAACGCGGACGAAUUGAAACAACUACUCAAAAAUCCAAAAAUUCAAUCGCAUCUUACUACAUUUGUUCAUCCAUUUAAUCAAUUAAUCGAACGCUAUGUGCCGGCGAAUGUAUUCCAAACGAAUGUAAGUUAUAUGUUAGCUGAAGAAUUAUUGAGUGGACAUCAGUUUACGGUUGAUGGCUAUGUUGAUGGUAACGGCGAAGUUACUAUUCUCGGUAUGACCGAUACUAUUAUGGAUUCAAAUAAAGUUAGUUAUCUACGUUUUGAUCAUCCAACUAAUCUCUUACCGUCUUAUGUACAACAACGUGCCAAAGAUAUUUGUCAACGUAUUGUGAAAGGUAUCGAUUUGAGAUGGAGUCUGUUUAACAUUGAAUUCUACUAUAAUCAAGAGAAUGAUGAUCUUAAAAUAAUUGAAAUUAAUCCAAGACAUGUAGGCCUCUUUGGCGAUAUGUAUGAGUUAGUACAUGGACAGAAUACAUAUGAAAUUAUGCUCGAUCUAUCUAUGGGACAAGCAACAUCAUUUAGAUCAGUAAAGCCCUCUUAUUCACAUGCUUCGAGUAUUAUGCUUCACUUGUCCAGCUAUAAAAAGGCAACCAUUGUGAAACAUGUACCGUCGAUGGACAAUAUACAAGCGGUAUUGAAGAAAUUCCCCAUGGUUUCAUUAAUAACUGUUACGUGCGAAGUUGGAAUGCGAUUAGAUGCAGAUGAUCGACUAGCUUAUGGUUAUGGGUAUAUUAAUAUAGGUGGAAAUAGCAUGGAGGAAAUAGAUAGGAACUUUAAGUUAGCAAAAGAAAAUCUGGAUUUUGAAUUUGAAUUUGUGAACGAUUAG